AUGGUUGCAGCAGAAGUAUUAGUAACAUGCAGUUUGUUUCGAAGGCCAGCUUCACGUGCUGGCACGAAAUCAUCACCAAAAAGUGAGCAUAAAGCAGAGCCUGAGAACGUUGUCCCUGAAACUCUUACAUCUAAUUACACGAGCGAUGUGGACUACCCGCGAAGUUCGGACAUUUCGCGUGUUGAAGAGCACGUUUUGCACGAGGUUGCAAAUGCUCCAAGCGUGAAUGCCAGCCGUAUAGCAGCAAUGUAUCAGCUGGAUUUCAUGAAUCCAAAAACUGCAGCUCUUGCAAAAUUGGACGAUAUAGAUCUCUCGUUGCUUUCAAGAUUCCUGUGUUUGGAAGAAGAGGUAAAGGAUGAAGAAGUGCCAUGGACAUGGGACUAUGUUUUCGCAAGUGUUAGUUCGGAGAUGCGUGAGGAAUGGGCGCAAGAAGAAGAGCAUGAAGAUACGGGUUAUGAGGACGAGCGUCGUGUGAAGUGA